UCUAUUGUCUUGCUUGACAAGGUUAAUUGACUUGGUGAAGAUGGAAAUGGCGCAAGAACUGCUGGACGGACCGCUGCACGAGAUCAAAGAAACCAGUAAGUAUGAUUUCCUCUUCAACACCCAUCAGUGCCAGUACCUGCAAAGCCGAUGCUCCGUGGUCGAAGAAUACGUGCGGCUUUGGCAGAGCUGCUCUGAACUUGAGCCACUUCCCCUGGCCAUGGAAGAGCUCCGUUGUAUGCUAAGCAGAGCCUUGCAGCUUCUCAAGCAGUGCCAGCACGAGGAAUGGCUGUACCAUGCUGCAGUCCGGCUCACUGAUUCCAGAGCCUUUGCGGAGAUCUGCCUGAGUCUGAGUAGAUUGACGGCCUUGGUCAAUGCUCACAUGAUGCAUUGUGCCACGGAUAUUGGGAGCCCGGAUGUGCAGUACCUCAUGGCCAUGCCUUACAAGCGCAAGCACAUAGAGAACCUGCGUUCAGCGAUGGAGGACCUGAGUCCCUGCGCAUCAAGAGAUAGAAAGGAGCUCUUCAUGAGAGCAAAUUCCAUCACAGAAACUGACAACAGGUAUGUUCUGGCACAGUACCUUGUUAAAAAGCUGAUGUCAAGCAGAGGAGGAGCCGUUGCCACCAUUCAGGCCCUCGAACUGAAAACUUUGAUAGGUGCGGGUGCAUUUGGUUCUGUGUACAAAGCUGAAUGGGUAGGGGCACCAGUUGCUGUGAAAGAGUUUAGAAGCGGUGAUGCUUCAGUUGACAAGGAGGUGAACAUCCUGAAAGAACUUAUUUUAGAACCGCACCCGAGCGUGCUCCAGAUGAUAGGAUCCUAUCAGAAGGAUGAGAAGGCUUACCUUGUCAUGGAGCUGAUGGAAAGGGACCUGACCAGUGUUAUAAGGAAGGCUGAAGGCUCGCUGCAACUUUUAACUUCUGUAGACAUUAUGCUCCAGAUCGCAAGCGGCAUGAGCUACCUCCAUCAAAGGAAUGUGGUUCAUCGAGACCUCAAGCCUUCGAAUGUCCUCGUUAAGACAUUAAAGAACCAUGCCUGCAUCACCUGUUUCGACGUGAGGUUAACAGACUUCGGAGUCUCAAAGUCGAACUUUAUAAGCUUUGCACCGGACUUGUCUUACCAGAGGGGGACGAUCCAAUACAUGGCUCCAGAGAUGCUGAAGGGCCAGAAGUACUCCAGAGAGGUUGACGUAUACAGCUUCGGAAUUACUUGCUUCCAGAUCUUGACUGGAACGCUGCCAUUUCAGGACGAUGGCAAGCAGCUGGUGGCAGAUAAACUGGUCGAGACGAUCGAAGAUGGAAAUAGGCCUGACCUUCCAACAGGCUGUCCACUGGAGCUGGUUGCUCUCCUCAACAGGUGCUGGAACAGGAAUCCGAAAGAUAGACCAACCUUCGAACAUAUAUCCAGGAUGCUGUGGUCGCUAAAAGAAAGGUUGCUUGGUGGCCACAACCUCGAAUCCAGCUUCACAGGCAGUGAGAUGUCCAGUUGCAACGCUGCGGAAGAGCUCACACUCGCUGCAGGAGAUAUGAUCUGCCAGAUUUCAGUUGCUGCUCCGUUCACAAAUUUUCAUCAGUGCUACUUCUUGCAGUCGCGGUGCAAGCAGAUUUCCAGCUACCGCGAAUUUCCGAAUAAGCUGCACCUUCGUUCAUGGUUUGCCGUUCAGAUAAAGCUGGUGACUACCUUGAGAACUGCGUUGUCGCUGAUAGAAUCUUACAGUGAAGAGAGGUGGCUGCAUACGGCGGUGCUGAAAGAGCAUAACCCGAGGGCAUUCAGAAAAGCUCUUGAUGAUAUCAACAGAUGUGAAACCACAUUGAGAGCCAUAAACCCUGGUAACCACAGCAAUAACAUAAUGACGUUCCCUGCUGUUCCUGAGCAAUAUGUGGAAGAUGAUAAAAAGAGACUGGCAGAAAGCAUUCAAGGCUUACUCGAUGCAUCGGACGGGGCGACAGUUAAGUUGGCAAAAUAUUUUGUUCAAAAGUCAGCUGCUGAUUCGAUUUUUCCGUGCAUCAGUCCAGAGGAAAUCGUACUGCUCGAUUUGGUAGGAAUGUCAAACCAUGGGACGAUGUUUAGAGGAAGAUGGCUGGACGUACCUGUGAUGGUGAAAGCCCUUGGAACAGGAAAUGAAGCUGAAAAGCUCCUGAAGGAGCUUGACAAAGGGCACGCAGAACUUAGAAACAGGCCCCAUCCAAAUGUAACGCAAGUUAUCGGCUACACAAGGCACGGGGAAGACUUGUUUGUGGUGACCGAGCAGGUCUCUGGAGGCCACUUCCGAGUGACAAAGUUCCCUCUUGUAUUGACCAUCGAGAUCCUGCUUCAAGUUGCUCAAGGCGUGGCCUACUUGCACCAACAUAACUGCGAGCUCUCGGACUUGAAUACGCUGCUGGUGGAAUUUGAGAAAGGCCACUUCGACGAAUUCACCGGUGGCAUCACUGUCAAAGUUUCAGCUCGAUCCAACUUCAGAAAACAAGAUGGACAAAAUAGCUUGAGUACCUUGGCUGGAAGGCUGAAGUAUCCGUUCCACUUCCCCCAUGCACCAGCGGCGGACUUCAGGAAGACCGAUGCGUACAACUUUGGUAUAGCCUGCGCAGAAAUGAUCACCGGGCAAACCAUCGGGGAAGAAAUACUGCUCUCUGGAAACCUACCGCAAGUCUCUCACGAUUGCACGGGAAUCAAGGCUGUAAUAGAGAAAUGCCUGAGUUCGCAGCCUCCUGACUUCCAUCAAAUCGUGGAACUCCUGCAAUCAGCUCAACUUAGAAUGGAGUUUCCACCUACAAGCGACAUAGACUACCGACGGAUGCUUCUGGACUCCAGCGCUCAAAUUGAACUCAAGCUCGACAUAACGGGAGCCGCAGUAAUUGGUGGCAAGCUCAUUGCUGUUGGAAUCGUAGAAAAUGUGGGUAACAGGCUCUACCAGUGGAUCCGUCAGCACAAAGAUGGAACUAUAGAGCGGUUGCGGCCAUUUCUCGUGACGGAGUUGGACUCUGGGACACUGGAGUAUGAUCUAACAGCCGACGACUUCAACAAGGCGAUCUCACUCACUUACGUGGAUAUGAACGAAAAGAUCGAAGUUUCCGGCAGAGAAACCACGAACAGUCGAUGGGUUUCCUAUAGUGACACUAUGAAGCGGGCGCUAAAGAUGAUAUGGGGUGCUGGCGAGGCCAAGUUCAAGGUUUUGCAGCUAAGGGAAGAAGAAGGGAGCAAGAAGAGCUACCUGGUGAUUAGAAGGCCGCAUUGCAUGCUGGAGUGGAAGCGCUACUACUUGAAAAGGAUGGAGAUCAAGAUCGCGUUCACCUCCCCGGCGGCCGGCAUCAAAAUAUCCAAGGAGAAUCCACAAAUUUGCCAGCUGAUCGAUAACGGCGGCGCGGAGGCCUGCAAGAUCCGAUUCAAGAAUGCGUUUGAGAGAGAUUUGGCAGUGCUUACCUUCCGGCAUUUCUUGCACAGUGCCUGUGAGAAGGGGAAGUGCUCGCGACGAUGAUGACACCCAAAAUGCUGUGAGUCAACGGCACAUAGCUGAAACCAUUGGUGAUUUCUUAGUAACAAUGAAGAACCCCAUAUUACAUAAGGGAAAGGACUGCAAAGUUUAGAACUUGCAACCUUUAGUAACGCAGGUGGAAGGUGUAGUGUCACGAGCUUCUUAGUCUCAGGAUGGGUAGUUCUAAAAAUUAUUUUCUUCAUUA